CUAUAAUCACUACACAACCUAUAUCUUCAGGAAAGAUAAAAGAACCGAAAAUGCUCGCCAAAUCCCUCCUCACCAUCGUCCUCGGUGCCGUGCUGGCCACUGCUACCGUUAAUCCCGCCACCACCAACACCAAGGGAAAGUGUCCCGGCACUUAUAACUGCUCUGCCGCCAAAACCUCCACCGCCAUCCAAGCCGCCGAAUGCUCCCACAACACUCGGACUUCUGGAACCCAAACCUUCGCCGUCUUCAAGACUGACCACCAAUAUGACUCCUCCUACGGUGCUCCCUACGGCACCUGCGCCGCCUACACUUGCACUGCUCCCACGGAUAGCGAAAUGACGGACGACGAUGAUGACUGCUGGACUUUCUUCUGGAAUGACAACGGAGAAUCCUCCGGUUCCGGUACCGGAUGUAUCCGCAGCCCUGAUGAUGGAACUUGUGGAUGUGAGGACUCUGAUGGAACUUUUGUUUAUGGGGGGUCGAACUGCUCUUAAU